AUGUAUGGAAGACUGACAAGGCCUGAUGGAGCUACAGCUGUUACUGCUACAACACUAGUGAGCAAUGCCAUCUGCUAUCUGUUUGAUGAAAUUCGUUAUGAACGCCUUACUAAUGGUGAAGGAUACUUUGAUGUGACUAUACCACUCAGUACGAUCCUAGGGUUUGCUGAAGACUAUCGAAAGAUCGUUGUGAACGCGAAGCAUGAACGUAUCCUAGCACGAUCGUACAGUGACUUGAAUGCUAUUAUUCAAACACGACAACAGCCAGGAAACGAAGAGCAAUUUAAGAUCUCGAUUCAUAAAGUUGAAUGGAUGAUACCAUAUGUAAUGGCCUCAUAUCAGCAAAAGAUACAGUUGCUGAACUUCAUUGAAAAAGAUUUUCUCACAACUAUGAGUUUUCGCUCAUGGGAAUUGUAUGAAUACCCCCUGCUCCCCACUACCUCAAGACAUAUAUGGACUGUGAAAACGUCAACUCAGUUGGAGAAACCACGAUACAUUAUACUGGGUUUCCAGAUAGGUAGAAAGGAUAGGCUAGCUAGAUAUGCUAAUCUCUUCGAUCAUUGCAAUAUAACUAAUGUCACGGUGUUCCUCAAUUCACAAUACUAUCCGUAUGGUAAUUUAAAUCUGAAUUUUAACUUUAAUCAGUUUGCACUGCUGUAUGAGAUGUAUGCAAACUUUCAGACAGCCUACUAUGGUAAAGAGCCUGAACCAAUCUUGAAGAAAAGUGAUUUCAAGAAAUACGCUCCUCUCAGUGUCGUUGAUUGCUCAAAACAAAAUUAG